AUGGCUUCCAUUGCUUUCAGAAACCCAAAUUCUAAGCACCUUCUUCUCUCUUUCCAUUUCAUAUCUGCUUAUCGUUCGGUCUCUCGCGGAAUUUGCACCAUUUCCCAAAGCUUCCCCCUCUACAGUAAUGCACUUCCAUGGGGUCUUGUUUCUCUGCGGAGAUCAAUGGCUACUUUCACUCGAACAAAGCCUCACCUUAAUGUGGGCACCAUUGGGCAUGUCGAUCAUGGGAAAACCACACUAACUGCUGCAAUUACAAAGGUGCUAUCUGAAGAAGGUAAAGCCAAGGCCAUUGCCUUUGAAGAAAUAGACAAGGCUCCUGAAGAGAAGAAGAGAGGAAUUACUAUUGCUACAGCUCAUGUAGAGUAUGAAACAGCAAAGAGGCAUUAUGCUCAUGUUGACUGCCCGGGACAUGCGGACUAUGUUAAGAACAUGAUAACUGGAGCAGCGCAAAUGGAUGGUGGAAUUCUUGUGGUUUCUGCUCCAGAUGGGCCAAUGCCUCAAACAAAGGAACAUAUACUGCUUGCUCGUCAGGUUGGUGUGCCAUCAUUGGUCUGCUUUCUAAAUAAGGUUGAUGCUGUUGAUGACCCAGAGCUACUUGAACUUGUGGAAAUGGAACUUCGUGAGCUGCUUAAUUUCUACAAAUUUCCAGGGGAUGAGAUACCUAUUGUACGAGGUUCAGCCCUAUCUGCCUUGCAAGGGACUAAUGAAGAACUUGGAAAGAAGGCUAUCUUAAAACUAAUGGAAGCUGUGGAUGAAUACAUUUCUGAUCCUGUGAGGCAGCUUGACAAGCCUUUCUUAAUGCCAAUAGAAGAUGUUUUCUCAAUUCAGGGGCGUGGAACUGUUGUGACUGGUCGUGUUGAACAAGGCACCAUCAAAGUUGGAGAGGAAGUUGAAGUAUUGGGACUAACACAGGAUGGACCUUUGAAAACUACUGUAACUGGUGUGGAAAUGUUCAAGAAAAUUUUGGAUCAUGGCCAAGCUGGUGAUAAUGUUGGACUUCUUCUACGUGGUCUGAAGCGUGAUGAUGUACAGCGGGGAAUGGUUGUCACCAAGCCUGGUGCAUUGAAAACGUAUAAGAAGUUUGAAGCAGAGAUUUAUGUGCUCUCGAAAGAUGAAGGUGGUCGUCAUACUGCUUUCUUUUCUAAUUACAGGCCUCAGUUUUACAUGAGGACUGCAGAUAUUACCGGAAAGGUGGAAUUACCUGAAAAUGUUAAGAUGGUUAUGCCUGGUGAUAACGUGACGGCAACUUUUGAGCUGAUAUCACCAGUUCCUCUUGAACCAGGACAAAGAUUUGCUUUGAGAGAGGGAGGCAGAACAGUUGGUGCAGGAGUGGUCUCCAAAGUAAUUGCCUAGGAUGUUAGUCUGGAGUCUACAAAUUUUUUUUGUUCAGUGAUUUGUAAAUAAGUCGUGAGUAGGGACUGAGAGCAGCAUUCUAGGAGGAUUCUAAGAUAUGACUAUUGUUUACACUUGAUGCGUUGGUUCCAUUUGAAUGUUUUUUGUGUUUUGUUUAUUUGUCAAAGAACUAUAAUAGUUGAUUUAGAUAUUUUUCAU